UGUCGUAAUUAUACAAAAACGUGUCGUGAAAAUGACGAAGAUGCGAGGAAUAAAAAAUUAGACAAAAAAUACUAUUGGGCCCGGUAAAGCAAUCACUAGCGGCUUUUAAUAUCGUCAGUGGAUGCACAAUCUCGAUCAAAUCUCUUGAAACCAAGUGUGUAAUACUUCAAUGUGCAAGAGGCGCGCGUGUACGUAAUAUUGAAGAUGUAUUAUGUCGCUCUCUCCUUUAAAGCACAUGUGCAUUCGUACCUAUAUCUAUGCAUAUGUAGGGACAAGUGAGAGCAAAUCUGUAGGAUCACACAGUGCAGUUUGUACUACAUAUUGCGGGGGUUCUUGGAUCUCGUAGAGUCUUAUUAGUCCGCACCGAGCAGCCGGGCAAUGAGCUCCUCGACAUUUGUAUUUCCACCAACUGGCGAAAUACCAUCGAGUUGUCUGUUCGAAACAGCUCUGAUAGAUUUCAGUCAUCUGUCGAUUUUUCAAUCGAAAUUUCUGGAGGUUUUGUCAACGCGAAGUUGAGUCGCUCGAUAACCCUAACGCUCAAGCUUCCAAAGUGCUAUAGUGUUCCUUAUCGUCUAUGUAAACUUAAUUAACGAGAUCACGUCCGAUGACAUGAAAGAAACGAAAGGGGGUCAUCGAACCUGCCGAGUCUCCAUGCUCGUCGGAAGUCUCGUACUUAUCUAUGCACAUUUGGCGUACGCUCAGUUUAUUAUCCGAGAGAACGCUGAGUUGGUUGUUCCUGCCGUGCCGUGCCGCGACUAUCAGCCGGGCGAGGACGACCUUGAGACUUUUGACUUCAUCAGACGUUACAAGCUCGAUCUGUUGGAGGCCCAAUAUCCCGGAGUGACCAGAGUCAGAGGCUCGAAUCGAUUGCAAACUGCUUACAGGGUCGAGAAGGAAGCGGAUCUCAUUCUCCCGACGAGGGACAUAUUUCCCGGUGGACUGCCACAAGAAUUCAGCUUCAUUUGCACCCUGAGGACUCGCAAAGUGCCAAAAAUUUCUUGGAGCGUACUCAGAAUCACCGAUCCAGCCAAGAAUUUAGAAUUCGCAGUGACCCUCGAUCCGCGAAAGCUGACGCUGGAUCUAGCUAUCGCUGACGAGCGAGGAAAUUUGCAGACGGUUUCGUUCCCGGCCACUCGAGUGUUCGACAAGCAAUGGCACAAAAUCCAUUUCGGCGUGUACAAGGAGAAGGUUAUACUGAACGUGGAUUGCGAGCUCGUGGGGACUAUGCAGCUGAAGCCUUGUGGACCGAUCGACGUAGAUGGUGAGAUUUCUAUCUCGAAGACAGUGGGUUCGCAGACAACAGUGCCAAUUGAUUUGCAAUGGAUGGUCGUUAACUGCGAUCCUACCAGGCCACAAAGAGAGACCUGCGACGAGCUUCCGAUCAUAGCCAGUAGCGCAUUACAGCCGCAAAGGAGACCCGGCUGCAAUGUCGUAUGUCCUCAAGGACCACCUGGCCUCAAUGGCACUAUGGGGCCGAUCGGUCCGCCGGGAUACCCGGGAGUCCCAGGUCAACGAGGUCCACCAGGUCCUGAUGGGAAAACAGGUCCUCAAGGGUUUCCUGGCGCGAGGGGUUUUCCCGGAUUCCCGGGAGCAGGUAGUCCGGGGGAAAAGGGGCAAAAGGGCUCGUCGGGUUCCCCUGGCAUGAAGGGCGAGAGGGGUGACAUCGGGCCCCGUGGCCUUCCUGGAACCUCUUCGAAUAGUACGAAAUUGGGGGAACAAGGACCACGGGGCUUUCCCGGGGAGGUUGGGCUCCCGGGACGAGAUGGAAUACCUGGACAAAAGGGCCUCAAAGGAGAGAAGGGGGAGAUCGGCUUGAGGGGACUUCCUGGAGCAAACUCUUCUUCACUCGUUUCUAAAGGUGAUCGAGGUGACCCCGGCCAUCCUGGCCUCAGUGGCCCACCCGGUCCAAUGGGCCAGCGUGGACUCCCUGGAAGUCCAGGACAAAAAGGUGACCCGGGCUACCCGGGACUGAUGGGCUCACAAGGUCCUAGAGGCAUUCCGGGUGAGCCAGGACCCAUUGGCCCGAUUGGAGACCCAGGAACGAAAGGCGAACCCGGAGAACCUGGACGGGACGGCAAACCAGGAUCGGUUACGGGGUUAGAAAUUCUUGGAGAACCUGGUCGCGAUGGAUCCCCAGGAGUAGAUGGCUCGCCAGGUGCCAAAGGAGAACCUGGAACACCCGGGACCGCAGGAUUUCCAGGAUUGCCCGGCAAGGAUGGUCUGCCAGGGCUGGAAGGACCGCAAGGUUCAAAAGGCGAGCCUGGGACUCUUGGACCUCCAGGACCUUUGGGGCCUCGAGGACCUGCAGGACAACCUGGUGAACAAGGGUUUCAAGGACAUCCAGGAGGGAAGGGACAUUCUGGUCAAAAAGGCGAAUCUGGUUCGAUUGGACUUCGUGGUCCACCAGGAGAUGUGGGUUUCCCUGGACUACCCGGUCCACCAGGACCUCCGGGGAUGCCAGGACUCGACGGAAGGCCAGGGUCUCCAGGGCCUCCGGGCGAGUCUUGCCAGCCUUCCGACAUGCUCAAUACUAACAGUAUCAUUUACGAAAAUACGGGGAGCCCGGGAGUCAGUGGACCUCGUGGACAGCCCGGAGCACCAGGAAUCCCCGGAGAGCGAGGAGCAGCAGGUGAAAGGGGUCAGGAAGGUCAACCCGGUCUUCCUGGCAUGCCAGGAAAGGAUGGGUCUCCUGGUGCCCCCGGCUCGACGGGGCCCAGAGGUCAAACAGGGAUGCCGGGACUCCAAGGUGCUCCUGGGAAAAGUAUCACUGACGCGGAAAUUCGGGAUAUUUGUACGUCCAUCUUGAGAGAACAGAUGACGGAGAUGGCAGCACUAUUGCGGGGCCAUCCUGGUCCACCGGGCAGAGGCCGGCCAGGUCGACAGGGAUCACCGGGUCCCCAAGGUCGUCCAGACAGGCUGACCGAACUAACAGUGGGUCUACGAGGAACUACCGGGUUGCCGGGUCUCACCCGACAUGGCCAUCCCGGUCGGGUUGGAAUCCGCGGCAUCCCAGGUGACCCGGGCCCUCCGGGCUUACCAGGAGAACGAGGCUUCGUUGGACUACCCGGACCGCAAGGUGCCACAGGACCCGUUGGUCCUCCUGGCGAACGAGGCGACAAAGGGGAACGAGGUUCCGAAGGCAUAGGAAUCGAUGGACCUGUCGGUCCUCGAGGCUUACCAGGACCACCAGGCAACGACGGUAUUGGUUUGCCCGGACCUCAAGGUGAAAGGGGCGAACGAGGACGUCAAGGCAUUUCUGGAAUGCAAGGUGCACCAGGUGCUCAAGGACCUCCAGGAUUUUGCGAAUUUUGCAACUACCCGGGUAACAGUUAUCUUCAAUACAAUCGUGGCAACGACAAGGGAUGAACCGAUCGAUGAAAACCGAACUACCCGUUUCUAUAUCAAGAGUUUUCUCGAUUCCUUGUCUCCUUCAUAUUUUCGUAAGGAACAUAUGAAAAUGAUCAAUCAACAUUUUUACUUCCAAAGCUUAAACGAUAAUUUAUUACAAAUAUUAUUAACUUUGUCUUUACGAAAAAAUUGGAAGGGCUACACACACUUAAGAAGCAAUGAAAAUGAAACAAAGUCGAAGAACUUUUUCAUUCAAUUGUUUAUAAAAUUAAAUUUAUUUCAAUGAGAAGUCAAUCGGUGGUUUUCAAGGUCAGAAAAAACGUGGUUAAACUUUGUUCUGGUUUCGCUGUGACUUCACAAACUUCGAAACACUGAUUUGAAAAGAUAAUUCGAUUAUUGUAAUAAAUUAUUCAUUUUUGGUAUUGGCAAUAACAUUUGAACUAUCUACAGUUAGUUUAUCGUCACUGAAACGACAAAAAAUUUACAUGCCAAGGAAAUAUAUCACCAACAUUGUGUACCUACUAAUAAUGGGUAAAAAUCAUCGAUAAUUAUAUUUACUGAAUAAAUAUACAUAAAAUCUCACAGAA